UAGCACACUGACCUUGGCAUGCAAGACUUUGGUCAAAGUUUGUUGGCUAAUCCUGGAGGAAUUUGCAUGAAAAAAGAGAAGCAAACUUUGAUGUCUUUGGUCUUUUUUUCACCAGCUUCGAAAAGAUCUGAGGAUGAUAAAAAGUGUCUUGUGUGGACCCGAAUAUGAGGAAAGUAUCAAAUUCAACUAAAGACUUUGGCUGCUGUUGCUGACCAUUACUUAAGGCUUGAAGUGUACGGCUUCCAAAACAUGGCAUUGAACCAAAUUCAAUUGAUUAAGGGCAUAGAGGAUGUGACACUGUGUGAGAAGGAGGCCUGUACAUUUGAAGUGGUCUUAAGUCAUGCAUUCGUCCAGGGUCAGUGGACCAGAGAUGGUGUCCCUCUUAAAUCAAAGCCUGUGUGUCGAAUUGCCACACGGGGGAAAAUGCACACGCUCGCGCUUUCAAGGGUCACGACUUCGGACGCAGGCCUGAUCAGUUUUAUGGCUGAGGGGAUUGAAACCUCUGCUAUGCUCACAGUCACAGCUAGAGACAUAAAGAUUGUGACCGAUCUUCAAGAUGCCAGUGUGACGGAAAGGGAGAGGGUGACGUUUGUCUGUGAGGUCAACUUUGAAGAUGUGGAUGGGAAGUGGUACAAAGAUGACAGCCGUCUAAGAGCUGGGGACAAUGUUAAAAUGAGAUGUGAGGGUAAAAUGCACAGUCUAACCUAUAAAUCCGUAAAGCCUGAAGAUGCAGGCGAGAUCACAUUCACAGCCGAAAGAGUCUCCUCAACAGCGACCCUACGAGUAAAAGAGCUUCCAGUUCAGUUCGUCAAGCCUUUGAGGGUGAAGAUCGCCAUGUACAAACACCGUGCCUUACUGGAGUGUCAGGUGUCACGUGUCAGUGCUGUUGUUAAAUGGUACAAACGAAAUCUGGAAAUCGUGCAGAACAAAAAGUACCAAACUGUCAAUGAAGGUCUGUACAGACAGCUCAUCAUAGAGGAUGUGGGAUCCUCAGAUGAAGACACAUUUGUCUGUGAUGCUGCUGAUGAGAGCACCUCGUGCCAACUGUUUGUAGAAGAGCCGGCUAUCAGCAUUUUGAAAGGACUUAGUUCUGUGGAGGUCAUGGAACCUAAAGAAGCCCGUUUUAAAGUGGAAACCAGUAUUAAAUUAGUGAGGUCACCUAAAUGGACCCUGAAUGGAAGGCUACUUAGUCCCUGUCCAGAUAUCAAAAUUGAGAGGGAAGGAACCUCAAACAAACUUACUUUCACCAAAACCGACAGUGGUAUGUGUGGCAUUGUGCAGUUCAUCUCAGGAAAGAGCAAGUCAGAAGCUCAGCUCACAGUUACAGAGCGCCCCUUGGUUGUCACAAAACCCAUUUCAGAUGUGGAAGUGAAAGAGAAUGGACAAGUUACUUUGAGCUGUGAAUUUUGUCCAUCGCCCAGAGUCGUACGCUGGUUCAAGGGAAGAACCCCUUUGUUUGCUUCAAAAAAGUACACCAUGAAGCGGGAGAAAAACAGAGUUGGGAUGACCAUCCUGGGUGUGAAGGCAGCUGACUCAGGACAGUAUCGUUGUCUGGCUGGUGGUUCAGAGACAAGAGGAAGAGUCAGUGUCGAAGUCAAAAGGUUGAAGAUCAUAAGACACCUGGAACAAGCAGAAGUUGAGGAGGAUGGAACUGCAGUGUUCAGCUGUGAAUUAAAUCAGGAGUCUCCGUGUGUCCAAUGGCUUCUCAAUGAUAGAGUGCUACACACCAAUUACAUCAACAAAAUCCAGAAUUCUGGAAAGGUUUACAGUCUGAUUCUAAAACGACUCGCCCCUCAGGAGAGCCGUGUAACAUUCAAAGCCUUUGAUGUCAGUGAAUCUGCGUUCCUCAGGGUGAAAGAAAGACCUGCAGUGUUCCUCAGGUCACUGGAGGAUGCAGCAGGUGAGGAACGUGGUGAAGUUCAUCUGCAUUGUGAAGUUUCGAAGCAAUCUGUUACCCCUGUAUGGAGAAAAGAUGGUGAAGUUGUAAAUGCCAGUGAGAAGUAUGAGAUUCUCCAUGUGGGCAAGUCAUUGACUCUUAUUGUUCGCAAGCUUAGAAAGGAUGACGGAGGAGAGUACACCUGUGAUAUCGGCUCCAGUCAAACCAAAGCUAAAGUCAGAGUUCGUGACCUGCAUAUUACCAUUGUCAAUCGCAUACGGACGACAACUGUGCUGGAAGGGGAAGACUGCAGUUUUCAUUGUGUCUUGUCCCAUGAUAUCAUUGAUGAAGCAAUGUGGCUCAUGAAUGGCCAACCGAUUGUAACUAAUGGGCGAAUCAUAGUUUCCAACAAGGGGCGUAAAUAUACAAUGAACAUACUGGAGGUGAUGAUAUCUGAUGCUGGGGAGGUGGUCUUUACCAUCAAAGAUCUCAGUUGCAGGACUAUGCUGUUUGUCAAAGAGAAGCCUGUAAGAGUCUUUAGAGAUAUGUUGAAUGUUAAAGCAACGCCUGGUGAGGAUGCAGAGCUCAGCUGUGAGAUCACCAAACCGGAUGCAACAGUUAAAUGGUUGAAAAAUGGGCGCUUGAUUAGAGCUAGCCCAAAAUACGAAAUUACCCAGAAGCAUUAUCUGGUGAAGCUGAUCAUCCAUAAUGCAGUCAUAAUGGACUCAGGAGAGUAUUGCUGUGAGGCUGAUGGAAUCGCUACAAGGGCGAGGUUAGAUGUCAGAGCCUUACAACAUGCAUUUGUGAAGGAACUGAAGGAUUUACGUGCAGAGGAAAAGGGCAUGGUGACCAUGGAGUGUGAAACCAGGAAGCCUGCCACAACCGUGACCUGGUUUAAAGGCCUGUUGGUGUUAAGCUCUGGACAGAAGUACAUGAUGAAAAAGAAAGAUGUUAUUCUCUCUCUCACCAUCUUUAAUCUGGAGAAGAAUGACAGCGCUGUCUAUACCUGUGAUGUUGGGACAAUGCAGAGCAGAGCUUUACUGACAGUUCAUGGGCAAAAAGUAAUCAUUCUGGAUGAACUAGAAGAUAAAGAGUGUCUAGAAGGAGAUACCAUUGUCUUCAAAUGUCGUAUCUGCCCUAGCGACUACACUGAUGUCAAAUGGUACCUGGAUGAGACCUUGCUGUACACUAAUGAUCUCAACGAGAUCACGAUGAUGCACAGUGGCUACCACACUCUUACCUUCAAGCAGCUCGCGCGUAAAGACACCGGCACCAUUUCAUUUGAGGCUGGGGACAAAAGAUCAUAUGCAUCACUGUUAGUUAGAGAGAGACGCCCCACUAUAACUAAAGCACUGGAAGACACGGAAGCAAUAGAAGGAGGAAGUGUGAUGCUGUUAUGCAAGACCUCAAAGCCGUGUCACAUUGUAUGGUAUAAGGAUAACUGUUUAAUCUGGCAUUCAUCAAAGUAUGUUGUGACUCGUUCUGGAAAUGAGGCCAGGUUGACUAUUCACGAUGUGACGGACAGUGAUGCGGGGGUGUAUGAGUGUGACGUGAGAUCGGUCAGCACUAAAGCCACCGUAACUGUUAAAGCUAUCCCAGCUGAGUUUACAAAAUCACUUCAGAAUCAGGAGGUCAAAGAGGGAGAGAGCGUUACACUGACGUGUGAAUACUCUAUACCCGGUGUCCAUUUUGUAUGGCGCAAAGGACCCGAGACACUGAAGUCAAGUGAGAAGUAUCACAUGAAACAGAGGAAAUCGUGCAUCUCGCUUACAGUGCACAAUGUGAAGCCAGAAGACUCUGGGAAUUACACAUGCAUUUGCAGAGACCAAAAAACUAUGGCUACUGUUACAGUCAAUGCGGUUCCUAUUUCAUUCAUUAAAGAGCUCAUUAACCAAGAGACAGAAGAGGGUAAAAAUGUAACGUUACGCUGUGAGCUUUCUAAACCUGGGAUUCCAGUGUACUGGUUGAAAGACGAGCAAACUCUCUGGCCUGAGGAGAAAUAUCAAAUGAGACAAAUUGUUACAAUACUGGAGCUGAUAAUCAGAAAUCCUGUGCCUGAGGACAGUGGAACUUACUGCUGUGCUUGUCAGGAUCAGAGGACCAAAGCUGUCAUCACAAUACGAGCUCAACCCAUCACAUUCAAACAGAAGUUAAGAAAUCAAGUGGCUGAGGAGGGAAACAGUGUUAUUUUGCAUUGUGAGGUAUCAAAACCGGACACCUCUGUUGAGUGGAGAAAAGGGAAUAACUUACUCAAGUCUGGGGAGAAAUACCAGAUCAGACAGAGGGGCUCUGUGUUAGAGCUCAAAAUCUUUAACUUGACGCAUGAAGAUAGUGGACUCUACAGCUGUUCCUGUGGAAAUGCCCAGACAUCUGCCAACAUUACUCUCAUCUUGUCACCUUCAAAGAGAAGCUAA